AUGGCAGGAGCAUUAGAAAAUGCCAAAAAAAAUUUAGAAACAAUAAGAGAUGCUGAAAAAGAAAGUGAUUUUGGUUAUGUAUAUGGAGUUUCUGGACCUGUAGGUCAUGAAGAGCUUGUUGGUGAAGUGAUUCGUAUAGAUGGUGAUAAAGCUACUAUUCAAGUUUAUGAAGAAACUGCUGGAUUAACUGUUGGUGAUCCAGUAUUGAAGACAGGAAAACCUCUUUCAGUGGAAUUGGGACCUGGAUUAAUGGCUAAUAUUUAUGAUGGAAUUCAACGACCACUUAGAUCUAUUCGUGAACUAUCUAAUAGUAUCUAUAUUCCACGUGGUAUUUCUACACCAGCAUUAGAUAAAAAAAUUUUAUGGGAUUUUGAACCUUCUAGUUUCAAA